AUCAGCCUUUGCCCUUUUUUUUCUCUCUAUUUUUGCUGAAUACGAGAAACAUUACUUGUCUUAGCAUUGUGAAACACCAGGACACCUACAUGUAGUUGUGUCUAUCUUGGGUGACAUUGGUCAUCACUUGAAAUCGUUGUCUAAUUAUGUUAGAACACGUCGUUGGAAGAAUGUUUCAAUAUGCAGCCAGGAAUGCUCAACAGCGUAAUUCUCCUCCUAGAACAGACGAAAAGAGUUCAUCACCAUGUGAAGAAAGCAGCAAGUAUAACACUGCUGAGAUUGAGAUUGACAACUCCUCUGCUGUUCUGAAGAAUAUAUCUUCACUUCAUUCUGACAAAGUGUUAUGUGACGUUUGCCUUGUUGUUGGAGGCAAAGAGUAUCCAGCCCAUCGACUAAUAUUGUGUGCUUCCAGUGAAGUAUUUAGAAUAAUGUUGAUGAGCCCCCAAUGGAGUGAAUGUAAAGAAUCACGAAUUGUGCUGGGAGAAACACCAGCAUGUGCUGAAGUUUUUGAUCGAUUUCUUCAGUACUUCUACACAGGUCAUAUUUGUGUUGAUUCACAAACAGUUAUGCCCAUUCUUACCCUUGCUGACAAAUACAAUAUAAAGGAUCUUACCAAUGUAUGCCAGAACUACAUGUAUGAACAUGUUCAAUAUGCUGCAACAACCAAUCAGUUGGUUGCUUGGCACCAAUAUACUCAAGCCUGUGGACACAUUAAAGUAGCCAAGAAAUGUCAAGAUUUUAUUAAGUGGAAUCUUCAACUCAUUGCUCAAACUCCAGACUUUGGAAAUUUUGAGCCUGAAAUUUUGAUCAGCAUUCUUGAGCAAGAUGAUAUAGUCAUAUUAGAUGAAAUGACUUUACUAGAGUAUGUUGUAAGAUGGAUCAACCAUCAAAGAGAUGCUCUCUUUGCUGAAGCAGGUUAUAUCAUGGAUGAAGAAGGUGCCUCUGUCUGCAUAUGUGAUAUUGACAUCAAAACACUGUCAGAGGUCAACAGUCAAAUAAAAGACCUAGUUUGUAGAGUAAUUACUCAUAUUCGUUUCCCAAUGAUGAGUCCAACUCAACUUGCAAGCUUAUUGAUUCAACCUAUUGUUCAGGAGUUCAAAGAGUUCUUUGUGCAGCGUAUGGCGAUUGGAAUGUCCUAUCAUGCUGAUCAAAAGGAAAGAGUUGAAGAUGUUUGUGUCCAUGAUGAAGCAGGGAUUUCAUUGUUCACACCAAGACUGUAUACUUCAGAGUGCUGGUCAAUGUUGCUUCCAAUAGAAAAUUAUUCACACCUUCCUCCAUACCAACUGAGAAGUCAUGUCUUCUCCUCGCACACUGCACUUGCCGAUCACAAAGGACACAAAACAUGUGAAUGGGCUGUUGACAUAUACCCUAAGGGGGUUUGGUUCCAAAAGUUUUACUCAAUUGUAUGGCAGGGAAUGGAGGAGGUGCCAGAGGUUGUCUUACGAACUGUUCGGGUAUCCAUAACUUGCAAGGAACCACCCUCAGAGCCAGAAGGAGAGAUGCGAGUAAAAGUUGGAAUCCUUGUUCAUGGUGUUAUGGAUGGUGUUGAGCAUAUUAUGCGCACAGUUGUUCGCACACACCGCUUUGAUGUUGAGAAUAAGGUUUUAAACCUUGAUGAUGUGGUCUCAUUUGACAAGUUAAAUCGAGACAUAGCAUCGUUGAGUCGUGAGUCUUACUCCCCAUAUCAUCCCCCUUCAACCUCAACUUCAUACUCAAACACAGGUACCUAUUCCAGUCAGCAGCCAUCCCCAUACCUUGUUGGACCGUAUCGGGACAUCCUCAAAAUACAUGUGGUUAUAGCACCGAUGGAACAAGUUUGUAGCCCAUCUCUGCUUCUUAAGCGUAACCUUAUUUUGUCAAAAAAAUUCAAAAGUAAACAAAACAAGCCGGUUAAGGAAGCUUAGAUUUUUAAAAUAUAUAAGUGCCCCUAGAUCUCAGCAAAUAUUUUAUGACAAAAAGAUAAUUAUCUAGUCCUCACUCAAACCAUUGUUUAUGGUACAUGCCUGUCAUAUUUUCCAUAAUUUGGCCUUAUUUUUGUAAAGACUUUCGUCAUACUGCCUGGAAAAUAUUUUUCGGACAAAAAUAGAUUUUAAGGUACAUAAGAAGCAAACAAUGUUGAUCGUUAAUAGAUCCUUAUCCUUUUCAUCACAUUCUUAUAGUAACUAACUUGAAAGUGAAACAAAGUAGAAAUCAAGACUGAUACUAUCUGUUUUAACACUUUUCAUUCCUGUGAAUCUCUGGAGACAUGAGUUGUCAGUAAUAAAACAAAAAAAAAUAUUUGUAGCUCUUGAUGCCAAUUAUGUAAGUGCCAAAUAAUAUUGUUCAGUUGGUAGCAUAUCAGUCAAGCACUGUCUUCACUUCAGUACAGCAUUUUGCAGGGAUGAAUUGUUUCUCUUCAUUUUGUUUGUCAUACUGUUGCAGUGGAAGAUAAAGAUUUAAUUAACUGUGUCUUGUUCAUAGACUGUGAUGUAACUAAAAAAUAUAUGUUUUGUCUAUA